ACCCUUGUGUGGUACACAUAUUACAUAUAUAAUUCAGCCAUCGUUCUUUCAUUUUGUUUCGUACAUAUCGAUCAACAUGUCUAGAGACAGAGACCCUCUUGUUGUUGGUAGAGUUAUAGGGGAUGUUUUGGAUCCAUUUAUAAGGUCCGUAUCACUUGAGGUUACUUAUGGUAAUAGGGACGUUAAUAAUGGAUGGGAUUUCAGACCUUCUCAGAUUCUUAACCCACCUAGGGUUGAUAUCGGAGGUGAUGACCUUCGUACUUUCUACACACUCAUUAUGGUGGAUCCCGAUGCUCCAAGCCCAAGUGAUCCCAACCUCAGAGAAUAUUUGCACUGGUGAGAAAUAACUGGAGAAGUCUUGUUUUUUCUUUCUAAUUAUUCUUGUUUUCCUGAUAAAAUAUCAGGACAGAACAAAAUAACUAGAUAGAAAGCACAAUAACGUAUAUUACCAUCUGGGUAUUCGAUUAAAAAA